AUGCCGAAGCGCAAGAUCGCUGCUUUGGAGAAGGUCGAGGCGGAUCUGCCGGCACUCCAGGAUAAGAUUCGACGAGAUCCCACGUCUUACCGCCAGGACUUCGCAAACCAGUACGGGCAAUAUGUCUCGAUCAAAGAGAUCCUGCUGCAGUCGCCCACCACUACCGGCGACAACGGCGUAGUAUCACUGCGAAACCUCAUCGACUUCGUUGCUCACGUCGCCGACUGUUACCCUGACCUGACUGCCGACUUCCCAAAGGACCUCAUCAACUUGAUCGAAUUGCACCAUGCAUCGCUGGAUCCCGAGCUCAGAGACAAGAUCGUAGGCAGCAUCGUGCUCUUGCGAAAGAAGGAGAUUGUAGACUCGAAUACCCUGCUCAAUACACUAUGGAAGCUGCUCCUCUCCACACCCUCGAAAGCACUACGAGCACUGUGUUUCCAGAAAAUCGUUUCAGAUCUGCGCACAGCCAACAGCAAGACCAAGAACCACAAGCUGAAUCGCAACAUCCAGACGAUAUGCUACAAUGCCAUUGCAGACGAUCCAGCAUCGCCAAAGGGACUAUGGGCAGUCAAGCUUACGCGAGAGCUCUGGAAGAGACAGGUCUGGGCAGAUGCAAAAGCUGUGAGUGUCAUGGAGAUCGCUGCCCUCAGUCAGGAUUCGAAAGUCGUGACAAGCGGCGUCCGCUUCUUCCUGGGAUCGGACCAGGAGCGAGAGCAAGCUGCCGAGGAGAGUGAUGAUGAGAGCGAUGUGGAUGUGGCCAAGAUCAAGCACCAGGUCGGCAUCAACAAGAAAUCUACGAAGCGAAACAAGGAAAUCAAGGCCGCGCAAGCCAAGGUGAAGCGCAAGGAGAAGAGGAAGAACACGCACCAGACACUCAACUUCAGCGCGCUGCAUCUGCUGCACGAUCCGCAGGGAUUCGCAGAGAAGCUGUUCCAGCAGCAUCUCCAGCCAGCUCAACCAAAGGUGCGGCUGGUGCUUGAGCAAAAGCUGUUCGUGUUGCAGCUCGUCAGUCGACUCACUGGUCUGCACAAGCUGACCAUAAUUCCGUUGUACUCUUACUUCAUCAGAUUCUUGUCGCCGAAGCAACCUUCUGUGACCAGCUUUCUUGCGAAUUUGGCUCAGGCUACACACAGCUUGGUCCCACCUGAUGUUCUGGAGCCCCUUGUACAGAAGAUUGCGAACGAGUUUGUUUCGGAAGCUGCAGCAUCAGAGGUUGCAUCAGCAGGUCUCAACGGCAUUCGCGAGAUCUGUGUUCGACAACCACUAGCCAUGACGGAGACUCUUCUGCAAGAUCUUGUCCAGUAUCGAAAGAGUAAGGACAAGGGUGUGCAGAUGGCAGCUAGAGGUCUGCUUUCGCUGUACAGAGACGUCGGCGCGCAGAUGUUGAAGAAGAAAGACCGGGGGCGCGAUGCUGCGCUCAAGCUGAGAGUAGGCGAGAACCAGGGUCCAAGAUUCGGCGAGGUUGACGGAGGGGGCAUCGAAGGCAUCGAGCUGUUGGAGAAGUGGCGAGAGGAGCAGGGCAUUGACAGUGAUGACGACGAGGAGGCCUGGAAGAAUUGGGAUGCCCAGAGUGAUGACAGUGAAAGUGAUGGCGGCUGGAUCAAUGUUGAGAGUGAAGGCGAAGACAUUGAGAUCUCAGAUUCUGAAGACGACAAGCCCGCUGGGAAGAAAGCCAAGGCUGGAUCGAAAGACUCCGACAAAGAGAAUAAGAACGAGCAAGAUGCUGAUGAGGGAGACGACGUUGACGAAGCGAAGAGCAGGCAGACUGCUUCCUUGGAGCCAGAGGCAGCCCUGAAACGCGAGGAAGCACGCAUGUCCAAACUCGCUACGACCAGGAUAUUGACACCCGCCGAUCUCGAGAAACUAAAAGAACUACGCCAAACAGCAGCGAUCACAGCAGCCAUGCCUACUGCCAAACGUCGCAAGCUUCAGCAACAGCAAGAAGCCGCGCGUUCCAAUCGACAUGCCGAUGACGAAGUCACAGCCGAGCAGAUUGCGGGUCUUGCUAAGUACGGCGAGAAGCUGACCAAGGAAGAGAAGAUCCGGAUGGCCAAGGGUGAUAAGGAGGACGGCAACGACCACCGCUCGACCACAGCACGCAGAAAGGAGAAGAAGGAAGCCGAGGGCAAGAGCACCACCAACAAGGAGAAGGCACGUAAGAAGAACUUCAUGAUGACACUUGGUAAGGCGAAGAGAAAAGGAAAGAGAAGUCUGGUGGAGCACCGCAGAAUCCUCAAGGCCCAUGUGGACAGAGGUAAAAGAGGUGGUCGAAGAGGAAACAACUAA